AUGAAAGCUGAGAGUCCUGACGAGCGUCUGGGUGCUAUAUCGGACUAUAGAGAGGGACAUCCGAACUCGCACAGGCUACUCAAUAAGAGGUCGAUUUCUAUAAACAGGCCGAAAGUGAUCAUAAGUAGUGGAUACCCAGAGUCGUCUAGCAGUCUGAAGUCGACUCGCUCGGGAUACCACGGUACACACUCACAGAGCAGGAAGACAGAGCCGUUGAAACGACAUCACCCUAGUCCCAACCACCACGAGAAAGAGGACCACGGUUCCAAGGGACUUGCGCUCCAGAGCAAUUCUGAUUCUCAAAGAUCACUAAAGCACAGGAAAACACAUCGUGUGAAGGUAAUACCGUUCAAGAAUGUCGUUCUCGGUGAGCACCAAGACAAGCACGUUAACAUGUACGUGUUGGAUUGUGUCUCCAAUGCAGACUUUGAAGAGCUAAACAGAGAAUUUGAAGAACAGAUCAUCAAUUUCUACAAACUACGGGAGGGACAGUACCUUGUUGUUGUUGAAAUGGUGAACAGCUACUCUGAUACACAGUGUGCAUCGCUGCUGGAGAGGUAUGGCUUUGAGUCGUAUGUAUCGUCUCGCUUCUAUGUCCAUGAUCCCAUGAAGUUCUAUGCCAAAAUUGAUAGACAAUUUAUGAAGUAUGCUUGUCGACCUGUGAAGUGGGACUACUUGUUCAGCAGCCUUGGUCCAAACUUCUCAACCUCAUUGGAGAACGAAGAACUGUGCAUUAGAGGUGGUAGCACGAGCUUUGUAUGUGGAUUGAAGGCCACAUUGCCCUAUGCCAUAAGGAAUGGGAAAUGUUAUAUAGACUGUGACAUCACUAAGGACUUUGAGAAACACAAUGGACGAGUUAAGAGGGCUAUAAGGUCAAACACAUGUUUGUUGGAAGAUUCUGACACUACUGUUAAGAAAGCCACAUGUCUGUCUGAGACUGCGAACAGAUAUGAACGGAAUAAAGCCCAUGCCAUUGAUGAUAUUGACCAUGAUGAUGGGCACAGUGAUGGAGGUACCAAGACUUACAAUGUGAAUAAUGGCAUUGACGAUCAUCACUGUAAUGGUGUUAUGGGUUAUGACAACGACUCGAGUGAUCAGACAGCAAACAAAUCUCGACCGGUUAUACGUCAAGUAAUAUCGGAUGAUGAUGCUGUUGUUGUGGAUGAUGUGGUUGAUAAUGUUGACCAUAACGAUGAUCAUAAUGUUGAGGUUGUUACACCUCACUUGAAGAAUCGUGCUCGGAAACCAAACCUUUCAAGCCAUAUCCCAAUAUCAGUACCAAAAGGGAUGAUAUCACCUUUUCAAGAUUAUACCAGGACAGUCAGCAUAAAGACCAUCGCUGCUCAUAAUCUUUCUACAGAGGAUAUCCCAUCACACUACAUCUUCAUAGACUAUGAGAUGCCCAAUGGCACAGAGCAGAGGAGGACAUCCAAGAACUUUACACCCAGUGUUGAUGAACUAUGUGGAGCAUUCUCUCACAAACUACAGUCAAUUGGCAGCAGAUACCUCAAGAUCCGUGUCAAUGGCCAGUUUCCACAGAGAGUGUGCUUUCUCAUGAAGUCGAAAACUGAUAUAAUCAAGGCAUGGAAGGAUAUGCAUUCGCAUAUUUACGAGAACGGUGUGGUGCUUCUGACAUUGUGCGAUGAACAAGUUGCCCAAAACUUUUGUUAUAAUGGCAAGCCCUGGAGCUGUGUCGAGGAGAUUGAAUGA